UAAUACAAGUUAACUUUUACUUCCUUGUACACACAGAUAGAGGAACUGACCGUUUUGCGUCUGGCCUUUUUUUUGUCAACACUAUACAUCCUCUCCAGCUUAAUUUCAUAACUUUCAAAUCAUGAUCAGAUAGAAAACAAGCGGCAACUUUGUAGAGCUGAAAAUAAUCGAUUUCACUUGUAAGCUGCAGAAAUGGCUUGUUGGGGGCAGCAGGGCGAGAUGACGGAGUACAAAAAGAUUCUGAUCAAACGGGACUUGGAGAUGGGCGUGGUCAUGACGGUGUUUCGGCAGAAGGCGGAGCGGCUCACUGUGCAGGUCAUCAUGGAGACCCGGCAGGUGGCAUGGACACGUACCGCAGACAAGACUGAUGGUGUCUUGGACCUAUUUGAGAUCAGAGAGGUUCGUCCAGGGAGGAACUCCAAGGACUUUGAGCGCUUUAAAGAUGGCAAGGACAAACACGAUAAAAAUACCUGCUUCACAAUCUUCUACGGCUCACAGUUUGUUCUCAACACCCUCAGUCUGGGAGCUGAUUCUGUGGAGGAGGCACAGAAAUGGCUGACGGGACUAGAAUUGCUGAGGCAAGAGACACUGGCCGCUCCAACUCCGGUUCUUGUAGAGAGUUGGCUGAGGAAGCAGAUGUAUUCUGUCAGUCAGACCAAAACAAACAGCAUCUCUUUGAAGGAGAUGAAGGCUCUGCUUCCUUUGCUCAACUACAAGGCCCCCAGCUCUCGUGCUCUCAAAGACAAAUUCCUGGAAGUGGGAGCAAAGAAAGACCGCCUGGAUUUCGAGCAGUUUCAUAAAUUGUACAACCAUAUAAUGUUUGAACAGAAUGAGAUCCUUGAUGAGUUCAAAAAGGAAUCAUGUGCUUUUAUUCUGGGUAACACAGAUAAACCAGAUGCCUCAGCAGUUCUGCUCCAUGACUUCCAGCGGUUCCUCAUCUACCAGCAAAAGGAAUCCUGGGCCAGUGAUCUGAACCAGGUCAGAGAAGUGAUGACCACCUUCAUCGAUGACACCAUGAGAAAAACCAAUGAUCCUGAGUUUACUGUCAGCGAGUUCCUCAGUUUCCUGUUUUCCAAGGAGAACUCUGUCUGGGACGAGAAGUUCUCAGAGAUCAGCAACCUGGACAUGAACAACCCUCUGUCCCAUUACUGGAUUAGCUCCUCCCACAACACCUACCUGACGGGUGAUCAGCUUCGUAGUGAGUCGUCCACAGAGGCUUAUGUACGCUGUCUGCGUCUGGGAUGCCGCUGUGUUGAAUUGGACUGCUGGGAAGGGCCCGGGGAGCCAAUCAUCUACCACGGCUGGACCAGGACAACCAAGAUCAAGUUUGAGGAUGUGGUCAAAGCCAUUAACGAUCACGCUUUUGUCACGUCAGACUUCCCAGUGAUCCUGUCCAUAGAGGAGCAUUGUCCUUUAGAACAGCAGCGUCAGAUGGCUCGUAUCUUCAGAGAAGUGUUUGGAGACAAACUGCUGACUGAACCUGUGGAGCAGAUGGCUGAGCAGCUGCCUUCACCUACACAGCUGAAGGGCAAGAUCAUACUCAAGCACAAGAAGCUCAGUGUGGAGGGAGGAGGAAUCAGUAGAGACUUCAGGAAGGGGCAGAAACAGGGAGACCUGGAGAUCUGGGACCCUGUGGACCAGCGGUGGAACAAGCACUACUGUGUGAUCUCUGAUGACAACCUGUACUAUGCAGAGGAGUACGAGGAGGAGGAAGCAGAUCCCAGGAAGUACCAGGACCUGCACUGUUCAGAGCUGUGGUUUCACGGUCGCAUGAAGGAGGGCAGGCUGAUGGCCGAGCGACUGAUCUAUGAUUACUGUGCAGAGACUGGGGGAAGAGAUGGCACCUUCUUGGUCCGAGAGAGCGAUACCUACGUCACAGACUUCACGCUCUCCUUCUGGCGGAGUGGGAGGGUCCAGCACUGUCGUAUUCGCUCGGGUUCAGAGGGGGGACACACUUACUUCUACCUGACGCCAAACCUCCACUUUCCCAGUGUGUACUCCCUGAUCCAGCACUACAGAGAAAACCCGCUGCGCUGCCAAGACUUUGAACUGCGCCUCACUGACGCUGUACCACAGCCCCACCCGCAUCUACAUGAAGGGUGGUUCUACAGUAACCUGAGCAGAGGGCAGGCAGAAGAUUACCUGCUGAGGAUUCCCAGAGAUGGAGCUUUCCUCAUCCGACAGAGAGAAGGAGAAACAGACUCCUUCGCCAUUACAUUCAGAGGUGAAGGUAAGGUGAAACACUGCCGGAUCCAGAAGGAGGGCAACAUGUACCUGCUGGGCACCACUACAGAGUUCGAGAGCUUGGUGGAGCUGGUCAACUACUUCAAAAAGAAGCCGCUGUAUCGCAAGAUCAAGCUACGUUACCCAGUCACCCCCGAGCUGGUGGAUCGCUUCAGUACAGAGACAGGCUGUGCUUCUCUGUACGCGAUGGAUACAUACGUGGAACCCAACGAGAUUGAGCCCUCACUGCCUCAAAGUACAGUUAGGGCUCUAUAUAGCUACAAGGCUCAAAGACCGGAUGAGCUCAACUUUAGUAAAGGAGCGUUGAUACACAAUGUAUCAAAGGAGAACAAUGGAUGGUGGAAAGGUGACCAUGGUGGAAAACUGCAGCUGCUCUUCCCAUCGAACUAUGUAGAGGAAGUGUCGAACAACACCAAACAUGAGACCAAAGGACAGGACAUGGAAGACAACCCACUAGGUGAACUAUGUCAGGGUGUUGUGGACAUCUCCAAGUGCAACAUCCAAAACUUGAAGAAUGGUAAAAAUGGGAAGCAGCACGUGUUGACCCUGCAGGACAAAGAGCAGGACAGUCUGCAGUUUGACCUGUCAGCAGGCUCUCUGGAGGAGCUGUUUGAAUGGUACCAGGUGGCCUGGGACAUUACUCAGAGAGAGAUGAGCAAGCAGUACAACAGGGAACAAGUGAUCAGACAGCAGGAGGAAGUAGAGAAGAAGGCUGAGGUUGCCAUGGAGAUGUCGGACCUGGUGGUCUACUGUCAGCCACGCAGCAAGGAGAAGGACCGCUUUGACAGUUACAACUACAAAGAGAUCCGCUCCUUCGUGGAGAACAAGAUGCCAGGAAAGAGCCGCACCAAGGACUUCCUGCAGUACAACCGCAAGGCUCUGAGUCGCAUCUACCCAAAAGGCCAGCGUGUGGAGUCCUCCAACUACGACCCUUACCCACUGUGGGCCGUUGGCUGUCACAUGGUGGCUCUCAACUUCCAGACUGCAGGUGAUUGCAGCCAGACACCUUCCUAAACCCGGCCGCAGCAUUGCCAGUCCAUUCGUGGAGAUCGAGCUGUGUGGACACUCAGAAGAGAAGUUCAAGACCAUCGUCUAUCGUGAUAAUGGUCUGAACCCAGUGUGGAAAGCCCCAGCAGAG